AUGGGUUUCAAGAGCUAUACCCUUGGCGAUAUCAAUCAAUACUUAAAGCAGCGUUGUACAACGUUAUUCCCAAACAGGGAACAAUGGGAGUUUGAAAAGAAGAACAUCAAUCCGCUUCCUGGUCUAAGAUCUAUGUCAUGGCGUCAAUGGCAGUUCUUCAUCAUCGGAUUCAUCUCAUGGACGUGGGAUGCUUUCGACUUCUUCGUCAUGUCGCUCAAUGUCUCUAAGCUUGCCACCGACCUUGAUCGAUCUGUCAAGGACAUCUCAUGGGGCAUAACAGUUGUUCUGAUGUUCAGAUCCGUGGGUGCGAUAGUGUUUGGUUAUUUUGGUGACAGAUAUGGAAGAAAGUGGCCUCUAAUUGUCAAUCUCUUCUGCUUGGUUGUUAUUCAGAUUGGCACUGGCUUCAUCAACACGUAUGCAGAGUUCAUCGGUGUUCGUGCACUGUUUGGAGUGUUUAUGGGUUCCAUGUACGGCCUGGCUUCUGCCACUGCUAUGGAAGGACUGCCUACAAGUGCACGCUCAUUCCUAUCUGGUGUUUACCAGCAAGGUUAUGCACUUGGGUAUUUGCUUGGUGUGAUCUUUCAAAGAGCUAUAACUGAUACAACAACACAUACCUGGAGAUCUCUGUUCUGGUUCUCAGCUGGUCCUCCUGUUUUGUUCAUCAUAUGGAGAGCAUGCUUACCAGAAACUGAAGCAUUUUUGCAACAACAGCUUCACAUGAAGAAUAAAAACACGAGCUUUAGUGAAGAUGCUUACAAAGUGUUUAAAGAGCAAUGGCUGAAGAUGAUCUAUCUUGUUUUGCUGAUGGCUGGUAUGAACUUCAUGUCUCACGGAUCUCAAGAUUUAUAUCCAACCAUGCUGACGGUCCAGCUUAACUACAGUCCAAACAGAUCCACUGUUACCAACAGUGUGGCCAACUUAGGGGCAUUGGCUGGAGGUAUGACUUUUGGUCAUUUCUCUGGGUUCCUUGGGCGUCGUUCUGGAAUAAUCAUCUGUUCUAUUUUAGGUGCUUGUAUGAUAUACCCGUGGGCCUUCGUUCGUAACAGUGGAAUCAAUGCAGGUGUGUUCUUUCUUCAAUUCUUUGUUCAAGGAGCGUGGGGUGUCAUCCCAAUUCACCUCUCUGAGUUAUCACCACCAGAGUUUAGAGCCUUUGUUGUUGGUGUGUCAUAUCAGCUUGGUAAUUUAGCGUCCAGUGCUUCCUCUACGAUUGAAUCGACCUUGGGGGAAGGAUACCCUUUGUACGACGAAAACGGUGACGUGAUUGAAGGUGUCUACGACUAUGCCAGAGUGAUGGCUAUCUUUGUUGGUGCAGUGUUCUGCUAUGUCAUUUUGAUUGCUUUCAUUGGCCCUGAAAACCGUCAUUCCAAUAUCAAUUAUGUGCUUUCUAAGGAGGAGGAAGAAGAGCUCAUUCAGCAAAGAAUGAUCGUCACCAACAAUGGUUCUGAGCAAGACUCCAAUGCUGAUGACGAGGAGAAGCUUGUCACAGCUCACACUGAGAAGAUAGAGCCAAAGUGA